AUGAAGCACACACGCGGCUUAAUAUCGAUAACCCAAGCACUUCGCCAUACCUUCCUGUCCCCUUUCCAGACCACCCGUGUCCAGUUUCUACGCUACAGUUAUGCUUUACGAGGAACGCAAUUGAGGUUCCUUCAGUCUUCUCGCCAACUUCCCUCACAACAAUCGAAACAGAAACAGGUCAGAGAUGAAGAUAUUCGGUCGGAGUAUAUACAAAUUGUCAACGAAAAUGGUGACCUUGAGCCUGCCAUGAAGCUAAGAGAUGUGCUACGCUCUUUCGAUCGCUCUGAACACUUCCUCAUACAAGUGUCCCCGGCCCUUCCUGACCGACCACCAAUCUGCAAACUUGUGAACAAAAUGGCCAUGCGUGAGCACGAGCGAGCUAAAGCCAAAGCUGCUCAUGCCACUAAGACAGCAGUGAAGCAGAUUGAGUUGAAUUGGGCCAUUGAUAGUCAUGAUCUGACACACCGCUUGAAGCAAUUGACAAACUUCCUGGACAAAGGUCGACGCGUGGAGAUCAUCCUGACGCGGAAAAAGGGCAAACGGGCACCCACUGUGGAAGAGAUCAAGAACGUUAUGGAUAGUGUGUUGCAAGCUACGAAGGAAGCGGAUGCGAUGCAGAUCAAGCCCAUGGAGGGGGAACCGGGCAAACAUGUCACCUUAUUUGUGAAAAAGAAGGACAAUUGA